GCCGGGGGCGGGGCGGAGUUGGACAUAGUUUCGCUCUGUACCUCCGUAGGCUUGAGGUCUACUCAUUACGGUGCAGUGAAGUAAAUCAGGUCAGAGGCUUAAAGCUGCUCAAUUUAAGUGGCAGAAGGCUUUAUUUCUCUGACCACCCUCAUCAUCAUCAUCAUCAACAACUCAGGGAGGACAGCCACUGUGAAGAGGAUAGGAGUGUUUAGUGAUUAGCCUCUGUGUCCUCUUAGGGUUAAGUCGGUGGCAGGAAACAUUACCUCACUAAAUCAGUGGAGAAGAUGGAGACAACAGCGGAUGUGUCCAAUGGAGCCGGGCCUGUGUAUGAGCAGAAAAAAGAGACCCUUAGACCAGAGGAUCUGUCUGAGAUGCUGGCAGCAGGGACCAAGGAGAUUCACGAAAAGGCUGAGAACACUCAGUUUGUGAAAGAUUUCCUCAAGGGGCGCAUCCGCAAAGAGCUUUUCAAGCUUGGCGCGGUGGCACUUUACUACACUUACACAGCCCUGGAGGAGGAGAUUGAAAGGAACAAGGACCACCCCCACUUUGCUCCUCUUUAUUUUCCCACAGAGCUGCACCGCCACGAAGCUUUGGCCCGUGACCUUGAGUACUUUUAUGGUCCAGAAUGGAAGAGCCACACAAGCUGCUCAAAGGCUACCCAAAACUAUGUGGACCGCAUCCACCAAGUAGGGCAGGAAGACCCAGUGCUGCUGGUUGCACAUGCCUACACCCGCUACAUGGGGGACCUAUCUGGGGGUCAGGUGCUGAAGAAGGUGGCGCAGAGAGCCUUGAAGCUGCCUGCCACAGGAGAGGGUUUGGAGUUCUACCAGUUUGACGCCAUCCAUAGUGCUAAAGAAUUCAAGCAGCUGUACCGAAGUCGGAUGAAUGAGCUGGAAUUGGACAUGGAAACAAAGAAGAGACUGGUGGAUGAGGCUGUUAAGGCUUUCCUGUUCAACAUUGAGGUAUUUGAGGAGUUAGAAGAGAUUGGAAAAACCAUCCAGGAAGAUGUUUUAGAUGCUGGCAUGCCUGUUCACGGAGCAAUGGGUGGAGACAUCAGUAAAUGUCCCUACUAUGCUGCCAAAAUGGCGACAUCAGGGGGAACAGCAUACAUCUGUCAGCUGGCCAUGGCUGCUCUCAGACACCCAACAGGACAGGUCCUGUUUGCUACUUGGUUUGCUGCCUUGGCUGGAUUGGCUGCGUGGUAUCUGAUGUGAUCCAUCCCUCUGUCUUGACACUCUGCUGCUGUGAGAGAGGAAAGAGGAAUGUAAUAGGAGGGACAGUAAGGAGACCAUGUGAACCAUUUCACAGUUUGUGGUCCAAGUUUAUUUAUUGUUACAUAUUGCAUAAUAAUGGAAGCUGACAGAAACAAAUUCAAACAAAAUGAUCGAUAGGACCAAUAUAAUUCCAUCCAUCACGCUAGUUUUUUUUUUUUUUUAAUUUCUCUACCUCCUCUGCACCAUCCAUCAAAUUUGUGUCCUUCCAACAUGUGCUUGGUCAUAUUUCAGGACCUCCUGUGGCUCCUACUUUGUAAUAGAAGUGACAUUUUCUACCCCAAACUGUAAUUGGCUGUAUAGUGAUUAAUUAGUUAGAAGGUCUGGGUUCGAAUCUACCUUGGCCCGGGCUUUUCUGUGUGGAGUUUGCAUGUUCUCCCCAUGGCUACGUGGGUUUUCUCCGGGUACUCCGGUUUCCUCCCACAGUCCAAAGAUGUGCAAUUACUGGGGUUGGGUUAAUUGGGGUUUCUAAAUUGCCUGUAGGUGUGAAUGUGAGUGUGAAUGGUUGUCUGUCUCUCUGUGUUGGCCUUGCGACAUACUGGCGACCUGAACAGGCCACCUCUCGCCCGCUGUGAUAGGCUCCAGCCCCCCCCGACCCUGGAAAGGAUAAGCGGAAGAGAAUGGAUGUAUGGAUGGAUAGUUAAUGAUAAAUUUAAUCUAGAAGUGAAUUAAUUGUGAGAUUAGUAAAGUAUGCUGUGCACAGUAGAUUUGUGCUGUGUUGGUUUUAACUGAAGCUUUUAGUGAGAAGAUUAUUCAGAACUGUAAACUUUGUCAAAAUUACAAAGUUAAUGGAAAACAGCCAGGCUUCAUGAUCUAUGCUUCAGCCUCAAAUGUUUCCAAAGAGUUUGCUCUUUGAGACGGGUGAUAAGAGUCAAAAACUUGAUCUAGAAUCAGCUUUCACAUACUAGUAAAUGAUAGAGAAUAUUUUAAUCUCUCCUUGUGCAUGUUCAUUUAUAUCAUCUCUCUUCAGAAUUAUUUCAUAGUGUACCUUGUAAAAAGAAAAAAAAACAAAAAACUGCCUGUUGAUUUAAUUGCACAGCUUAAUUAAUUUAACCAAUUUGAAUAAUUCACUGCUGAUUGAGUUUUACCUGCAACAGGAGCCUACAUUAGGUGUUAACAGAGGUGAGUGCAGCUGUUUCAAGAGAAAACUGUAUUUUUGUAAUAAUGAUGCUUCAUCCACAUUCUUUUACAUGCUCAUCAACAUGAAGGGGAAAUAUGUGUGAGCUUUGUGUUUCAUUAUGAAAUACCUUCAGGAGCUCAACACUUAUUUAUGUAUCCAUUUGUUCUGGAUACAUCAGUGUGCAUUGUGACUGUACAGUGUGAUCAUCACCUAUACUGUUUGAAAACAAAUCAACGAACUGAGUUGUUGUUUUUUUUUUAAGCACAGAUAAGUUUGUACUGUAUGUACUUUGUGGCUGAAGUAUAAUUUUUAUCCUAACACAGUAACAGUAUUUUAUUAACGUCAAGAAGUUUAGACACAGUACCAAAAAAAAAUGUUGCUGAUAACAAAGUUUAUCCAGCAUCACCCGUGCAGUAUGUUUGCACAGCACAUUCAUCCACAAGUGGAUGUGCAGUAUUUCUUUCUUAAUAAAAGCAUGUUCAGGAUAACAACUGUUAGACAGAUAUGACAAUGUAAAUGACGAGUUUUCUGUCUGAGAGUCUCAGGGUCAAGUUGAUGACAGAUGGCUAUAAUGCAUCGUAUAUGGAGGACAAAUACAGGGACUGCCUGAUAUGCUCCUGUAGUUUCCAUGUAAUUCAGUUUUAUAAUGCAAGUGUCAAAAUGAUUCAGUAGUUUUGAAGAUAUUGCCAUAGAUGAAACUUAAAGUGCGUGGAGUGGUAGCCUAACUCUUAUUUAUUUUGAAUUUCUUGCAUUUUCAUUGACUCUGCUCUUAGUCCCUAUCUGUAUCUAACUAGAGCUUUAGUAGUGACUGGCUACAGCAGAAAAUACUGUAUGUUAUGCUUCUAGUAAUGAAAAACUGUGUUUUCCUGUUCAUGCUUAAAUAAAACUAAUUCUUUUGGACUCA